AUGUUGGUUGCGGUUUCUAUGGACGGGAACAAUCAGUUAUACCCAUUAGCAUAUGCAAUAGUGGACAAUGAAACCGAUCGAUCAUGGAAAUGGUUUAUGUCAAACUUGAAAUGCAGUAUCGGAGAAUCCGAUAAUCUGGUGUUUGUGUCUGAUCGGAUGGUAUCUAUCGGCAAUGUUAUUCGUGCAUUUUUUCCCACAGCAUUUUAUGAAUUGUACACAUGGCAUAUAAAACAGAAUCUGGUUACAAACUUUAAGGAUAUCAUAGUUGUUGGGAUAUUUAGAGAUGUAGCAAGGGCAUUUUGCAUGAGAGAGUUCCAGACAAAAUGGGACGAACUCUGCAGUUUUAGAGACGGUGCUGUCACGAAAUAUUUAAAAGACAUCGGUCUUCAAAGAGGAAUGCUCCAAUCGUGGUUCUACGAAUGGAGGAAUUACUGGGCAUCUCAAACGACAUUGCACUCUGACUAUUGUGAAACCCGAUUGACAAGUGAAACUGAUAAGGGCAGACGAUAUCAGGUGGAGCCUAUUGAUUGUUAUCAGGUACACGUGCGAGAUAAUCGAUUGGACAAUAUUGUCAAUCUUCACACGAAGGAAUGCAUGUGUAAGGAAUUCGACUCACUUGGAAUCCCGUGUUCCCAUGCAAUUGUUGCUGCCAAGGAAAGAAAUAUACCCAUCAACGGUCUUUGCAGUCGAUUUUAUACAGUGGACUCUCUAAUGACUGCGUAUGCGGAGCCUAUAAAUCCACUUGGCCAUAUAUCUGAAUGGAAAAGACCUUCUGGAUACAUAGAAAAGAUUAUCCUUCCUCCAAAGUUUGUGCCACAAGCUGGGCGAUGGAGAGUGAGAAGAAUACCAUCCAGAGGAGAAUUUCACAGACAAAUGAAGUAUGGUCGGUGUGGGAAUUAUGGACAUAAUCGCCAAAAUUGUACUGAACCGCUUACAACCGUGCGACGUACCGAAAAUGCCAGAGACUGA